ACCUUGCCUAGCCUGGCGCGCCCCCGGCGCCAGUGCUCAUGCGCGCUCUCCCCUCCCUACCAGGGCCCCGGCUCUGGGCGGGUCCUGCAGUGGCGGCAGGGCUCCUCCUCCUGCCGCUCCUCCUCUUUCCCUGCUCCUCCCCAACUUCCCCCUCCGGCGUUCUCGAGCCAACUGUGCUCCUCUGGGCCCCCUCCACCUGCUCCUAACCAUGGUGGCCUGGCACUCGGCGUUCCUCGUUUGCCUCGCUUUCUCCUUGGCCACUGUGGUCCAGAGAGGAUCCGGGGACUCUGAUGAUCUCUAUCUGGGGGAUGCAUUGAAAGAAACUACCUCAGUAAAGCAGAGAUGGGACCGUGUCACCACCACAACCAAGAAGCCAGGAACGACCAGAGCUCCGGCAAAGCCUGCAGCAAAUGAUUUUGACUUGGCUGAUGCCUUGGAUGAUCAAAAUGAUCGAGAUGGUGGCCACAGGAAACCGAGUACUGGAGGAGGAGGUUUUUCAGACAAGGAUCUUGAAGACGUAUUAGGGGGUGGUGACUACAAACCUGACAAGGGUCGAGGUGAUGGCCGGUAUGGCAGCAAUGACGAGCCUGAAGCCGGAAUGUCGCCAGAGACCGGCACCAUUGCCGGUGUGGCCAGUGCCCUGGCCAUGGCCCUGAUCGGUGCCGUCUCCAGCUACAUCUCCUACCAGCAGAAGAAGUUCUGCUUCCGCAUUCAGCAGGGUGUCAAUGCAGACUACGUGAAGGGGGAGAACCUGGAAGCCGUCGUGUGUGAGGAACCCCAAGUGAAAUUCUCAGCGCUGCCACCACAGACCUCAGAGCCCCCGCAGCCCCAGCCGCCCCGGAUCUGAGGCGCCACAUAGCAGCAGACACACAGGGGUGCCGCCACUGGGGACCCAGCUCCUUAUUUCAUUUGGACCCACAGCCGCUGUAGUUCUGCUUCGAUGUCAUUGGCUUCUCGUUCUAAGUUCUCUGGAUGAGC